GUUACAAACUAAUGACGUUGGCAAGUUGGCAACAUUGCCGUCAUGGCUGAACGAAACUGUUGACUAUCUGUCAAUUUUGUGAAAUCUUUUAUUUUCGCCAUGAUCAGGAAUAGGAAUUUUUUCAGUGAACUCUGUUGCCUGUUUUGUUGUCCACCAUGCCCGGGGAAAAUCGCGGCUAAGCUCGCAUUUCUGCCUCCAGAACCUACGUAUGCAUUCACACCUGAUGAGACAGGAUCAAAAUUCACAUUGACGCUGACCGAACGAGCAGAAUGGCAAUACUCAGAACGAGAAAAGGAGAAUAUCGAAGGCUUCUACUCGAGAACUACGAGAGGCAACAGAAUAGCUUGCCUCUUUGUUCGGUGUAGCCCCAAUGCACGCUUUACGAUAUUAUUUUCACAUGGAAAUGCCGUAGAUCUCGGUCAGAUGAGCAGUUUCUACUUAGGAUUAGGGACUAGAAUAAACUGUAACAUAUUCAGCUAUGAUUAUUCUGGUUAUGGUGUGAGUGGUGGAAAACCGUCAGAGAAGAAUUUGUACGCUGACAUCGAUGCUGCGUGGCAAGCGCUUCGGACUCGUUAUGGCAUCAGCCCAGAAAACAUUAUAUUGUAUGGACAAAGUAUUGGAACGGUACCAACAGUGGACUUAGCUGCUCGCUACGAAGUGGGAGCUGUUGUGUUGCACUCUCCACUCAUGUCUGGUAUGAGAGUUGCCUUCCCUAACACCAAAAGGACAUGGUUCUUUGACGCUUUUCCCAGUAUCGACAAAAUUCCAAAAGUAACCUCUCCGGUUCUUGUUAUUCAUGGAACUGAAGAUGAGGUGAUAGAUUUUUCGCACGGACUAGCGAUUUAUGAACGCUGUCCUCGUGCCGUUGAACCAUUAUGGGUGGAGGGCGCUGGACAUAAUGAUGUUGAACUUUUCAAUCAAUAUUUAGAGAGGCUGAAGCGUUUCGUUUCAGUGGAAUUGCUCAACUGACAAAGACUGCCGGCCCCAGGCCAGACUACUCAAGGUGACGACCAAAAUCCCGCAUCGACUCUGAGCUCCGGCACUUCUAGUUCAGCGACAGAGAGACUCCUCUAGCUAGCGGGGGCCGGGCCCAGCCGGGCCGGCCCCAACAAAAACUCAGCGAACGCUAACGGCUCCGUGAGUCCACACAAUUAUAAGGAAAACAAUAAAACAGACAAUAACGAAACAGGCUCUGCCGAUCUGAAACCAUCCGUCGCGCAUAACAUCAGCAUAAACGUGACCGAUACUGACUCGCCCACAUGUGUGCGAAGACGGAUACAUUUGCGAUCUCUUAGCGAUGUGACUCCGGCUAGUCGUACACAUACGCCGCGAGCGCGCUCCCACUCGGAACGGCCGCGAGCCUCCCCAGCACCUUCUCCGUCGCACGCAGCACCACAGUCGCCUGCGAUCGUGUUGCCCGCGCCGGCAACCACGCCUACUGUGUUGCUGCCGCGGAUCGUUCGCAGCGAGCGUUCAUCACCUGACGCCUCGUCGCUUGCAUUGGACGAUGGCACCGAACCUCGUUUGCGAAGUCGUGAUCGCUCUGGCAGCGACGCCGUUUCCGUCCUAGGAAAUCCGUGGCGCAAAAUGAGCGAAAUCGAUCUGAACGCUGGCGAUAGCCGUGGUCGAACUGCUGGCCGCGGAGCACUCGAUCCUUGGGUUAGAAACCCCACAUUGCGCCCCAAAAAGUCACUCGACCAACCAGCAUCCCGUGAAGACGUGGCUCGCGCGGCGUCUGACUCAGAGCAAAAACGAGAGGUUCCAACCGUUAAAAGAGGUAAGCUCGAGCGGCGCUCGCCGGUCGUAUGCGAGACGUGCGGCAACGAAAGCUGCGAGUGCUGGCGAACCAGCUGGGCCCGGCAGGCGCGCGCGGCGCGGUCGCUGGGCGCGCAGUGCACGUGCGACGCUCGCUCGCCGCGUCCGUCGCCGGCGCGGCUGCGGCCCCGCGCUCCUCCGCGCGCUCUCUCCGACGACGAGGAGCGCCCACGUCGACUUUACAAGUCUGCUUCGCAGAAAAUGAUAUGCACUUCAGUCGAUGGUGACAGAGUUAAGAAGCUAGCGGAUCCUCUGUUGGAGACCACCUGUUGAGGUGACGGACGUCGACAUAGUGCGAGGAGCUUGCCCGCGCAGCCGCGUCGCGUUUGCCAAUAGGGAGGAAUCGUUUUGUGUACGGUGUGUGUUGUCCCUUUUUGAUGUACGAGUAUUAUUAGUGCGAAUUUUGUAUCCCUUUAGUGAUAAGAUUUCAAAAUUUAUUAUUGUACUGUAUCAUAAUAUUUGAUAAAUAUAAAAAGUAUGCUCGUUUUAUGAUAUGAUAAUGAAUGUUUUUCAUGAAUAUUGUAUAAUUAUCUUUUACUUCGAGAGGUUGUGCGUAAUUAGAUAUUCUACAUGAUUUGAAAGAAUUCUUUAAAAACCAAGUUCAAUUGCAGUAGUAUUUCAAAAAACAGUUGUAACUACAUACAUGAAAAAAAUAGUUAAUAUAUAUAGUCACUGAUCUAUUAUUUUGUAUUGUCACAAAAAACUUAACGCACAAUACCAUGGUAAAUCUCUUACAUUUUCACCAGUCCGUACAUCUUCCAUAAACUGUAAAUAUAUUUAGAUAUGAAUUAAACAUAUUAAUUAUAGUUGUUAUAUAAAAAUCUGAUUGUAACGCAGAAUACUAAAGCAUAUUUAAAUAUUAAAUCGAUUUAAUAGGCA